AACUUAAAUGAUCGGUUCAGUCCGGGUGUUGGUACUUCUACUUGCCUUUAUAGUAACGGCUUCUGCCAUUGGAUACAGUGGAGGUGGUUACCAGCCACACUCUUGCGAUGGAGACUGGCCCGAGAAAUUCCCAGAAGCGCCAAAAGGAUUCCAAUUCCGUUGUAAAUGUCCAUGCAAGUGCCCGCCAAAAUCUCCAACGACUACUUCGAUUUCGACAUCAACUGUUUCGACAACUCCAGAAAGACUAACUAAACCUUAUGAGGAGACAGAUACACCAAUCCCAACUCAUUCUUCUCCAAGUACAUCAACAUCUACGUCAACAUCAACUUCAACUUCAACCUCGACAUCGAGAUCAACUUCCACUGUUACUCCCACCACCAGAUCAUCGACGACGACAACAGCCACCUCCACACCUACAUCUUCAUCGAAGGCUACCACCACCUCAGCUCAGAUUACACAGCCUGAAAUCCCACAAGCUGCCCCAGGAACAGUUCUUAAAGGCGAAGAGUUCCCAGUUAAACAAGACGGGUUAGGUGAUGGUGGCGUUGUCCAUGGACCUGGAACGACAUUUUGGAUCAGAAGCCCCACCCCGCCAAAUAUUCCACUUCUUGUCGGAGGGCAAUCCCGAUUGGCCACAGUUCGUCCAGAUUCCCCAUAUGCUUCAGAUGCUGCUCUCAAUCCUUUAAAUGGCGGAGCUGGUGAUAUGGAAUUCGGCAUCAAGAAUGUUGGAACUCCAAAAACUCCAAGAGCAGUUAUCAAUCCAGACGCUUGAGUGAAUAAAUGCAACUGAACAUGAAUUUCGAAAUGAAAAAAUUUAUUCUGAAU